AUGGAGGCCAAGGGCCGGCAGGGCCGCCGCUCGCGCGCGCCGCGGGACCGCGGCCGGCGCCGGGAGGCCGCGCGCGAGCCGGGCGCCCGCGGCGCGUCGUCGGGCGACGAGCCCGAGCCGGGGCCCGGCAAGGAGAACGCGGGGCUGCCGCGGGCGCCCCCCACGCCCCGCGCGGCGCGCCGCCGCCGCCGCGACUCGGGCUCCCCGGAGGAGGAGGUCAUCGACGGCUUCGCCAUCGCCAGCUUCAGCACGCUGGAGGCCCUGCAGAAGGACAUGGCCCUGAAGCCACACGAGCGGAAGGAGAAGUGGGAACGCCGCCUGGCCAAGAGGCCCCGUGAGGCAGAGAGCUGCCCGCCCGCAGAGCCCAGUGAGAACGGGCAGCCCCUGGACGCGGGCAGCCCUGCACAGGACCUAGAGCCCGCCAGCGACCGGGGCAGGAAGACCCCUCUGCAGCCCGCCAAGCAGAUAAAGGUGCCUGUGUGCAGAGGGGGUGACCCCCACAGUGACGAGGACGCGUCCCGGAGGAGCAGCUCCCGGGACCGGCUCAGUGAUAGCUCCGUGCAGGCGGUCUCAGGCAGAGGCUACUCCUGUGACAGCGAGAGUGACGGGGAUGACAAGGCAUCUGUGGGUUCUGGGAAGCUCUUCGGCCCAGUAGCUGGCAAAGACCACUCGCAGGAGGAGAAGUUUGAGGCCAAGGCGCUGGGCCUGGAGCGUAGCCGUGAGCUGAGCUCCGAGCCGCCCUUCCUGCCCUCCGCACACAGCCCUGCACCCGCUGGCCCCAUGCAGGGCGCCCCGGCUAGCCCACCUGUCAAGAAGGAAGCCCCUGCCCCGCCCCGCCUCACCCCACAGCUGCCACCUGCACCCCCACAGCCCCGGGCCCCACCCCCGGCGCUUGUGCCUCUCUCCCUGGGUGCCUGCCAGGGCCACGGACACAGCCACAGCCAGGCCGCACACAACGGCCUGCACGGCCUCAGCAGGAGCAGUGGGCUCAGCCUCGGGCUCACGAAGCACCUGUCCCUGCCGCCUCAUGGGCCAGGGGCCCACCUCUCUACCUCACACCUGGCGCUGUGCUCACAAGCCCAGCACCAGCACCCUGCGGCCAUGUUUGCUGCCCCCCCGGCUCUGCCUCUGCCUCCACCGCUGCCCACCAACGGCCUGGUUCUCCCCGGACCCCCCGCUGAUGCCAGCCUGCUGCUCUCACUCAGCCCGCCAAUCAUGUAUUGCCAGCCUCAUGCGGGGAUUCUGAUUGGUACUUGGGCACAGGCUCCUCUGCUCCCUCCUCCCCUGGGCCCGCACCUAGCCAGCGGCCACCGACCCCGGGAGUGCCAGGUGACUACCCGCCUCGCCCCACCCGAGCCCGCGGCCGACGCGCCUCUCCGUCUCUCUCUCUUUUCUCUCCUAGAUCACGAGCUGCUCAGGCAAGAGCUGAACGCACGGUUUCUGGUCCAGAGCGCGGAGCCGCCCGGCGCUCCCCUGGGCCCUGGGGCUCUGCUGCGGGCGGAGUUCCACCAGCACCAACACACACACCAGCACACACACCAGCACCAACACACAUUCGCCCCCUUCCCCGCCGGGCUGCCCCCGACGCCGCUCGCUCCACCCCUGGCACCCCCGCCGUUUGACAAAUAUGCACCCAAGCUGGACAGCCCCUACUUCCGACAUUCCAACUUCUUCUCUCCUGCCAUCCCGGGACUGCCCACCCUGCUCCCACACCCUGGCCCCUUUGGGUCCCUGCAGGGCGCUUUUCAGCCCAAGACCGCAAAUCCACUGGAGGUAGCAGGCCGGGCCAGCACUGUCCACGCCCUCCUGCAGAAAGCCCCUGGGGUUUCUGACGGGUACCGGACAGCCAUCAAGAGGCCGGGGCGUUGGUGCGCGGUGCACGUGCAGACGGCAUGGCAGAUCUACCACCAUCAGCAGAAGAUGAAGCAGAUGCAGCUGGACCCCCACCAGCUGGACACGCUCAGCCGACCGCCUGCCCCUGGUGCGCUCGCCGGCCCCCACUUCCCAAGCCCGCAGGGCCUGACUCGACCCCUCUUCUCCAGCUCAGCCUCCUUCACAGGUGCUGCCCACUCCGUUGCUCCUUUCGGACCUGCCGCCCACCCCAGCACUUUUCUGCCCAUGGGCCACUUGCCAGAUGCCUUCAGCAGAUCUAGCACCUUCGGGGGCCUGGGGAGCCUUCGCAGUCCCUCGCUGAGUGAGUGUCCCCGCCCCCUCUCUUCACCCCUUGGGGGUCCACGCAGCAGCUCCCAGCUGGUGGGUGUGGUGGAUACCCACCUGCUUCCCGCCCUCCCUGGCGCAGGUGGCAUCUUUGUCCCCAAGGAGGGUUCAGCGCUGCCCGGUCUGCACAGUGCAGCUGAGGCCUGGAGCCGGCUGCACCGGGCACCGCCCCCCUGGCCCAGACCCUCAGACUUGGAGCGAGUGUCAGCCCUAACGGACCAUGGCCGAGAGCCUGACAAGGGCUGGGGACGGGAGCUCCUGGACAAGCGCCUGCUGAGCCGGGCCUCCCCGGCUGGCCCCGUGCCACUGCCGCCUCCGCCCCGCAUCAAGGAGAGCCGCUCCCCAGCUCGGGAGGCCGCGCGCCCGCCUUCACCCCCCAGGCCCAUGGGACCCCCGGAGCGGCCGCGGGGCGCUGUGAAGGUCAAAGAAGAGCGUCGCGAAGACGACGGGGCCCCAUACCCCAGCCCGGGCCCCGUGCCCCCCUUCGUCUGGGAACCGCCCCGCGACGCCCCCCUCCUGGAGCUGCCCCAGCGGCCCCCUGAGCGCCACAGCCCCGAGCCCCGAGCGCGGCGGGAAGCGGUGCUGCCCCCCGGCCCCGGCCUGCUGCCCACUGCGCUCCUGGCCGCGCGUGUGCCGCCCGUGCCCCCCACUCCCACCGGGCACCCCCGGACUACGUCGCUGGCAGCCCCCAGCGAGGCCCGCGACUACUCGCCGUCCCGCAACCCGCCCGAGGUGGAGGCGCGGUAGUGCCCGACACCCGUGGCCCUGCCCGAGCUGCCCCCAUGCGAGUUUGUACAGCUUUGCCCUCCAGUGAGAGGCGUUUCUAAUAGAUUUGUAUUUUUCUUAAUUUUAUGCUCUUUAGACGUUUGAAAGAGAUGAAAAGGAGAGUUUUGCUUUUUUAGUUCGGAUUUGCAGUUUUACGGCCUCAGACCCCACCUUAGAGCCCCAGGGUUUCCUUGUCUUAUUUAUGGGGAAAAUGCGGUCGUUUUGUCCAACGCACUGUGAUGCCCCUCAGGCCGGGCUCUGGCCUCCCUCGGUACUUGGAACCGAAGUUACAGAUAUAUAUUAAAAUAAUAACAUUAAGGAACCUGG